ACAGGCCAAUCUGAAUGCAGCUCCAAGAAUCACCAGGCCGAUGUUUCGCAGAUUCCUGCCGUGUGACUUGUUCUGAAACUGCCACUAGCUUCCAGGUUUGACCUAGUAAUACCCCAGGACAUGGACAUUAUAUGGUCCACUGUCAUGGCUCUCUUUGCUCCCCUUCUCUCUGCAACUUUGCAAAAGCAAAAGUUGCAAAACCCUAGCUGAUCGAGCAUCGAUCAUCUUAUGAGUACAGGAAGGGGCGGCUCAUCAGACAUGCAGGAUUCUCUAAGCUUGAUGCAGUUCCAUGAUCCGUACCUCUACAGCGGCAGCGCUGUCAGCGCCAACCUGCCACUGUCGUCGUCGCACUCUUUCUUGCCUCAUCGCCAAGAUUUUGUUCAUACCGGUGACCGCUGCUCUGGCAAGGACGUGCCGGAGUUCGUCGACCAGGCCGCGGCCGAGGUAAGCGGCGAGCAGGAGUUGGCAGUAAGCAAGGAGGUUCACGAGGGAGGAGGUGAUGCCGCGGUGGAGGAGCAGGACGGGGCGGCGACGGCCAGGGGCGAGGAGGAGGCCCACGGCGUGCGGAUGAUCGCGCUGCUCAUGGAGUGCGCGGUGGCCGUGUCCGUGGGCAACCUCGCCGACGCCAACGGGAUGCUCCUGGAGCUUGCGCAGAUGGCGUCCCCGUACGCGUCGUCGUGCGGGGAGCGGCUCGUGGCCUACUUCACCAAGGCCAUGGCGGCGCGGCUGAUGAGCUCGUGGGUCGGCAUCUGCGCGCCGCUGGCGCCACCGUGCGCCGCCGUCCACGCCGCGUUCAGGGCCUUCUACAACGUGUCGCCGCUGGCGAGGUUCGCCUACCUGGCGUGCAACCAGGCCAUCCUGGAGGCGUUCCACAGCAAGCGCCUCGUCCACAUUGUGGACCUCGACGUCGUGCCCGGCGGCGCGCUCCAGUGGCUCUCGCUCCUCCCGGCCCUGGCGGCGCGGCCCGGCGGCCCGCCUUUGCUCCGCGUGACCGGGUUCGGCAUGUCGGCGUCGGCGCUCCACGACACCGGCAACCAGCUCGCCGGCCUGGCGAGCAAGCUGAGCAUCCCGUUCGAGUUCUACGCCGUCGCGAAGCGGCCCGGGGACGUCGACGCGGUGGCGGCCGUGCCCAGCAGGAGGCCGGGGGAGGCCCUGGCCGUGCACUGGCUGCGGCACGCCAUGUACGACGCGGCCGGGGACGACGGCGCCACCAUGCGGCUGGUGCGGUGGCUGGAGCCCAAGAUGCUGACGCUGGUGGAGCAGGAGCGGGGCGGGGCGCCCGGGGACGGCGGCGGCGGCGGCGCGGGCCACGAGCACGGCCACUUCCUGGGCCGGUUCGUCUCCGCGCUGCACCACUACUCGGCGCUGUUCGACUCGCUGGGCGCGUCGCGGCCGGCCGACGAGGACGCGAGCAGGCACCUGGUGGAGCACGGCGUGCUCGGCAGGGAGAUCGGGAACGUGCUGGCAGUGGGCGGGCCGUCGCGGAGCGGGCGGGACAAGCUGGGCUGCUGGCAGGCGGAGCUCGCCCGGCACGGGUUCCUGCGCGCCGGAGGAGCCGGGCGGGCGCAGCUGGUGGCCGGGGCGUGCCCGGCGGGGCUGGGCUCCACGGUGGCGGACGACCACGACGGCACGGUGCGGCUGGGGUGGAAGGGCACGCCGCUGUACGCGGUCUCCACGUGGACGUGGUGCCCCUCGCCCCACGCGCAGCGUUAACCGGAUCAGGCCAAUCGCUGCUUUGUUUAGUACCAAAAUACCAGGACAGUGUGUGAUACGCUAGAGUGGUCUCUUACAAGUGGGCCCAUAUAGGCACAGCCUGUGUCUCCGGGGCCGACUUGUCAGUGACCA